AUUUUGAAAGCAGAGCCGUGAAUCGUGAUGCAGAGCUUACUUCAGUUCAUUGCGCGCGAGUGACAGUGUUGAACGUGUGAAUAGUUUUGUUUUGAAGAAAAUAUAAAUUUUAGAAAAUAUGCAGCGGUAUUUUUAUGGAUUGCUCUUUGCAAUCCUUCUGCUAUCUAUAACUGGUCCGUUAGAAGCUAAACGAACUUUCGGUGGUGGAAGACACAGUUAUCCUAAAUCUGGUGGCCUCUCGGGUAGUGGGGGCAGUCAUUCGUAUCCACAAUCAGGCGGAUUGUCUGGUGGGGGUCAUGGUUAUCCUUCGUCUGGCGGAGCUCAUGGAUAUCCGUCUGGUGGACUGUCUGGAGGAGGACACGGUUAUCCUUCCUCAGGGGGUAGUCAUGGUUAUCCAUCGUCCGGUGGCAGCCAUACAUAUCCAUCAUCCGGCGGAUCUCAUGGAUAUCCACCCGGAAAAGGACUUUCGGGCAAUUCCCCAAGUACGGGUGCGGGUCAUACAACUAAUGUACACUAUCAUUACAAUUAUAAUCCUCCACAACAAAUAAGAUACACUCCAGUUCACGGUGGUGCACCUAUGAGCUAUCCCGUCUAUCGUGGAUCGCCCCCAAAUUACGUGUACCAAUACAAAGACUCCGGCAGUAAAUACGGUACGCUGCUGGCUGGGCUUGCGCUGCUCAACCUUGGAACACUUGCCGCUGGAACUUAUGCUCUAAGUAAAAGUCAUUCUUCAAACAAUUAUACGCCCCGGCCUGGCGAGGUUUGCAAAUUCGGUGUUAGAAAAGACAACGGCGAUUACGAAGAAACCAAAAUAGACUGCAACUUGAUAACUAGUUUUAUAUUCGAAGAGGAAGCUAAGACCCAAAGCGCCCCCGCAGGCACAAACACGACAGUAAUUACAACGGUGACCAAUGUAACAACCGUGAAUGGUCCAGCAACAGACUCUCCGCCACCAGCUCCGAAACAAUUGUAUGAAAUGUUGCCCAAUGGUACGUUAGUUCCUGUAAAUGUGACUAACGAAGCUUCAGCAAAUACUACGAGUAAUGAAUCGAAUAACACAAUGACGUCAUCAGUGACGAUCACUACAACGAAUACGACAGUCACUAAUGCACUCGAUGUGAAGGGAAAGCCCGUUGAAGUCACGCCGGGAAUGCAGUGCUAUGUGAUACGACACAGCCCAACAUCGAAUAUGAAGCGAUCUGUACCUUGUAAACUUUUGCAAACAUAUGCCGACCAAUCGCUAAAGAAGAACUCGGCGUCUAAAAAUAUGCCAGCUUUAACAAUAUUGACUGUAAUUGUAGGAAUGUUAGUGUUUCAUUAGAUCGUAAUAAAGACCAAAUUUCUAAGGGGUCUUAUGAUAAACCGUAAGAGUAACAUCCAAAUUGUCGUAUGUUUAAACUUUAAAUUAAAACACGAUUGUAUUGAAUAUUAGCUAAUUUACAAACUUGAAUGGUAGGUAGCUAUUUGUAAAAUCAGGUCCGUCCGCAAAAAGUGCGAUAGCUACAAAAGAAAAGGAAACACUAUGCAUAGCUUGUAAACAAAUUAUUUAUAUCUAUUUUUAUGUAAGAGCUCAGUUAGAAUUAAUAAUUAAUAUGCCCUUGAACGCAAACUCUUUAAAUUGCUAAAAUAUUUAAUUCUCUCGAACGUUUCGGGUUUUCUGGAGUUUCUAGAGAAUGUACCUAUUGUAUUAUUUCAUUUGUGAUAUUUUGAUAGUUUUUAUUAAUUAAAGUUCUGUUACUAA